AUGCCGUCGAAACAUUUGGUCUUUUUUGUGAUCCUAGCCAUCUCCUCCUUCGUCUUUGUUGUUUCAGCUUCUGCAGACGAAACCGGCCAUCAACUUUCUCACACAGAGGGAGAAGAAUUAAACGAUGGUGGGAUAAUCACAUGGGGAAGGAGGAGGUCUCUUGAAGAAGGAGACGGAGAUGGCGGCGACGACGGAGAUCAAGGAGAUGAAGAAGUUUUAUUGUUGGCUAAGAAAAGGACACAGAGAAGAGACCCUCUAGAUCACUGGAAGAAGUACAAUGGGGGAUGGAAUAUAACCAACGAGCAUUAUUUGACUUGCUGGAUGCAUUGUGCUGUACACGGGUCAGGGAAAGUUCUACAACAGUACAAGAAAGACAUUGGAUUACAUUGCGAAUGAGGCAGAUGUAACUGCCGAAAACCUCAGGAAUGUAUCAGAUUUUCUCGACUCAUCGAAGAAGAUUGGACUUGACGCCAUAGUUCUUCCGCAAGAUAUGCAGCGCAAAAUUGACGAGGGUACG